AUGGGUAAAGAAAAGCGUUUACCUAAAGCCGAAAUAACUGAGAAGUUUAUUACCAAGGCAAUUGCAGGAGUAAUCGCCGCACUCAAAAGUAAAGGAAAAGGGCUUGAACUAUCAAGCUCUAGCUUUAGUAGUGCUAGCACUACUAGUAGCAAAGAUAAUAGAGGGCGAUCAGAUAGUGAAAGCA